AUGUCGGUGCUUAAGUGCACUAACAAUGAAACGAAGAGGUUUCACACCUUUGAGUCCAAUCGUUUGACAAUUAUACAUGAUGGUUCCAAUGCUGGAGAAUGGCGGUAUGUGAAUAGGGAUGACAACCCAGCUGAUGAUGGCUCAAAGGGACUCAAGAUGGACACUCUAAUCAGGAACGAUCGGUGGCUGAAGGGACCGAGCUUCCUAUUGGAGGACGAUGCAGACUGGCCUAAGGUGAUCACAAUCCCUGAGAUUACGGACGAUGACCCAGAAGUCAGAAAGGAAGCGCAAGUGUAUGUGACAUGUGAGGAGAAACGGAGAAAUGUUAUUAAUGACAUCAUCAUGUACCACUCUUCGUGGCAGAAGUUGAAGUUAUCGAUCGCCUGGUUAUUGCGAUACAAGCAAUUCUAA